AUGUCGAGUUACACCAAAGGGCAAGUGAUAACGUUAACCAUAACCAGCGCAAUUGUCUGCCCUUGGUGUUAUAUCGCCACUCUCGAGCUUCGUAGAGCGAUUGCUCGCGCAUACAAGAGCCAACUCCCUCUACGAUUUCAAAUUGAAUACAGGCCCUUUGAAUGCAAAACUAUACUCUACGACACUGCUGAUCGCGCCAAGAUAGAAUCUCAAGGCCGAGCACAAAAGCUUGGUAUCACCCUUCGAAGACAGUCAAAUACACAGUGGAAAUCGGCUUCAGCAUCUCGCCUACUUCUACAUGCAUACCAGAAAGGCGGACAAAACGCACAACAAGCGUUACUUACUGAGCUCUUUCGGGCACAUCAUGAAAAGAACGAGGACAUCGACGAUUUUGAGAUACUGGCUGACUAUUGCGAACGGAUUGGGAUCAUGUCAAGGGAGGAGACAUUCAUGUUUCUCGAAUCAAACUGCCUUCUGGACGAAGUAGAACAAACGCUGGAUAUUGCCCGAAGCAUGGGUAUCUCGGUUGUUCCCCUCACAGUCAUCAAUAAUAAGUGGUCAUUGGUCGGCGCCCAGUCAUCUGAUGUGUAUUACAAAAUAUUCCUGCAAUUAGCUCAAGGGAAGGACUUAUAA